GAAAAAUUUCUUGCUGCACAGCGCGCAGCUGCAUCGGGAGCUCGCCCCAGUCCUAGGUGUAAAGGGCGGCCCCCGUCGCAGCUUCUGAAACGCACCCCAAUACCUUACUUUCUAUAUUGUGGUAAGCACGCUCAGGCGAAUUGGAAGACGCCCUGUUCCGGAGGCCCGCCCGUCGCGCAGCACGCUUACACUGCGAUGCUCACGGACGUUUACCAGCACGCCCAGCAACUUGCGACACCCUUAGCCACCGCUGUUGUGGAGGGCCUACAGCUCCAGAUAUCCGGCAUUAAUCUGGGCCCGCAGCCGAUGCAGGCAGUGUAUCCGCCGGCCGGGGGUGUGCCCUGGGCGGUCCCGCACUAUGAGGGCGGCUACGACGCCGCCCCUGGCUACGGCGCCGCGGAUGGCGGAAACUAUGGAGCAGAGUGGUACCCAGAUGGCGGCGUGUACCCCGGCAUGGAGUACGGCCCCGGGUCCUCGUACGGCGGGGGUGGCGACGAGGGCUGGUACGGCCACGACCCCCACGGCGCAGCCGCAGCGGCGGCAGCCGCGGCCGCAGCUGCAGCUGCCGCCUCCAUUAGCCCCUCGGGCCCCUACUAUGCCACUGCCGCCGCGCCCACCGGCCCCAACCGACACGCCAACAACUACGGCGCCUCCAACGCAGGCGCCUCCAACGCAUCCAACGCCGGCACCUCCGGUGCCUCAAACGCCGCCGCCGGGGGCUCCGGCCGCACCCCGGUGCCGGCUUACGUGGGGCGCAUCCGCGAGACGUCGCUGGUGAAGCGCGGUGCCGUGGAGCAGCUGGCCGGCGCCGGCGCCUUGUGGCUAGCACACACCAACUACACAGUCGCCGGGCCCACCGGGCCCGCGCUGCUGCUCACGCCCGCCGCCCUCAUCGCCGCCUUCAACAGCCGCCGCGUGCACGGACACACGCUGCUGGUCGGCCUGACGGCGGACGCGGCGGCGACGCUGGCGCCCGCCGCCGCCGCGGCGGCGCGCGCCGCCGCCAGCGGCACCGCCCUCGUGCCGCCGCCUGCCGGCGGCGGCCGGUCGGUGCUGCCGCCGUCCUUUCUGCGGCCGCUGGUGUACUGCCUAGCUCUGCAGCACGCCGGCGGCGCGUACGAGGCCAUCGGCGCGGCGGCGCUGGGUGCCGGCGCGCCGCCGCCGGGGUGGUGCGUGCCCGGCUCGCUCUUCCAGCCGGUGGCGGGAGCAGCUGGCGCGAGUAGCAGCAGCAGUGGUGGUGGUGGCGGCAGCGGGCGGGGCCCGGUGGGGAGCUGGACGGAUGCGGCGGUGGAUGCGGCGGUGGCGGCGUUGCUGGCUCGGGCGCCGCGGUGGUGCGUGCUGACGCAGUACGGCGAGACGGGGCGGUGGAGCUGCCCGCUCAACAUCACCGCAGCCCAGGCCCGCACCCGCAUGGGCUCCGGCUCCGCCGCGCUGCACUGCUGCCUGCUGGGCUACGGCGGGGAGCUGCCGGGCAACCUGUGGAUCCCCACCAGCAUGGUGCUGCCGCUGGGGGCGCUGCUGCAGAUCAUGGAGACCCACCCGGGCCUGACCUACCGGCCGCCGGGCGCCGCCGACGUGGACUUCUUCAUUGAUGACGCGGCGCGCGCCGUGCUGGGCCGCCCCGAGGCACAGGCCCGACUGGAGGCGCACCUGGGGGCGGCGGCGGCGGCGGCGGGUGCUGGGGCAGGUGCUGGGGCUGGGGCGGCGGCGGGCGCUGCGCGCGCGCAACAGGGGCAGGGGCAAGGACAGGGGCAGGGGCAGGGGCAGCAGAGGGCGGGCGCGGGCGCGGGUGCGAGUGGGAGUGCGGGUGCGGGCGCAGGCGCGGCGGCGCUGGACCCAGGCGCGGCGGCGUUCGUGCCGCCGGCGAGCACCGGCAGCGGCAGCGGCAGCAAGACGGGCGGUCAGGAUGGAGCUGCGGGCAGUGGCUCGGCAGGAGGAGCGGGAACAGGAACAGGGCCAGCGGCGGCGGAAGGCGCGGGGCGGGCGUCCAGCAGCGCGUCAGCGGCCGGCGGCGGCAGGCAGGAGGCUGUGGCGGCGGCACCCGCCGGCGUCGCAGCCGCUGCAGCGGCAGCGCCACCCGAGCCAUCACCACCAUCCGCCGCUGCCGCCGGUCCUCACGUGACGCAGGUGCCUGGGCCGGGGCUGGUGGGCUCGCCGCCAGGGCAGCCCACGUACGCACAGGCGGCGGCGGCGGCCGCGGCGCGAGCCGCGGCACUGCACGGCGGCCCACAGGCGCCGUCGCCCACGCCGCCGGUGCAGUCCAUCCCGCCGCCGCCGCAGCAGCAGCAGCAGCUGCUGCAUUAUGGCAGCGGGCCCAAGCCCUACAUGCCCAUCCCCAUGCCGCAGCCGGUGCCGGUGGUGGUGCAGGUGCAGACGCAGGUGCAGCAGCAGCAGCCGGCGGCGGCGCAGCAGCAGCAGCAGCCGCAGCUGCAUGCGGCAUCAACGUCGUCGUCAUCUCCGGGUGGUGUGCUGGUGCCCAUUCCCACGCCCUUCGUCCGCUUUGAGACGGCCGUGUUCAAGCUGUUCCAGGGCGACCACGGGCAGCACUCCUUCUCCUCCCUGUGGUGGUGGCUGGACGCCAGCGGCGGUGCCGACCGCAUGCUGGGGCCCUACAGCUGCGAGCAGAUGAUCCUGGCCUACAUCGCACAGCUGCUGCCGCACGACUCGCGCAUCUGCGGCACGCAGGGCACCCUGGCGCCGCCCGCCGCGCCGCCGCCGUCCGCCUUCACCCCCCUGGGCACACUGCUGGCGGCUGUGGACGAGGGCCGACCCUACCGUCUCAUGGAGAUCACACCGGAGCCGCCCACCGCGCCGCACCAGCAACAGCACCAGAACCACCAGCCGCUGGGGCCGCCGCCGGGGCUGCUGCCGCCGGCGCUGGCGGCGGCAGCCGCCGCGCGCGGCGGGCGGUAGGCAGCUGCGUGGCGGUGCUGGUGCUGGGUUGUGUGGCUGGGGACUGUGUGAGAGAGGGUGGGUGGGUGCCGGGGGGCGCAUGGUGCGGAUGGGGCGCGGCGUCAGCGGCCGUGGCUGCCGGUGCGGUUGGUGUACAAUCUGUACAUGCGUGCUGGUGUGACGGGGGGGUCCGCCGGCGUUUGGCGGGGCAGGAGAUUGGGGAGGGAUUGUCGGCGAGGGGGCGGCGGGUGCUGAUGACUGAUUGCGUGGUGGGCAGGAGCAGGCAGCAGGAUUGGGUCGUGCAGGUGCGGCGGCGAUGCGGUUCAGAGCCCGCGCGGCGUUUCGUAUUGGGGUGUGGGGGUGGGUGUUGGCGUUGCAUCACACGCCAUUGCAACCGGUACACAACACGGAAAGCAGCAUGCAUGGUUCGGGAUUCACUUGUAUGCAAGCUUGUGUGCGGGUGGUGCGAUGACAGUUGUAAAGGCGAAGUGGG